AUGAUAGCGCCGCACCAGCAGGACGAAGGCGGAGUGGGUGCUGCACGGCCCGCGUUGCUGGCGCUUCCUCGCAGCACGCUGAGCCUUAAGGACCCACUUGCGGCAAUCUGCUCCUACCCUCCACGGACGGCUAUGACAAGGUCCCUAAACCCAAAACCGCUACUGUCCUUGCUGCCUAUUUUGGCCUAUUUCGCAAUAACGCUCUUCGAGACUGCGGCGGGUGCUGAUGGCACAGCCAGGCCCAAAACCUUUUAUACAGGCAAGUGGAGAAUACAGAUGGCAGCUUGCAUCGAGCAUCCGGGCUACGUAACGCUCACAGGCGGGGUCUUCAAUUACAAGUCCGGCUUGAAAACCCCCUUGGAGCCGUCGUGGGGUGAUAUGUUCCCCAACAUGACAGCUGCUAAGUCUGCAUGUGACGCCGACAGCGCCUGCAUCGGCUUCAGCAAUCAGGGCUCGACAUUUUCCAAAGGCGGCCUCGGCAAUGUGAGCAUUACGGGCUUGACUAAAUGCCUCUACCUCAAGAAAGUUGCGCCGUCGAUCGCUAACUACAUGCUGGUGCCGUCUCUCCAAUGGCCAGAUAAUAGCUUUGUUUUCGCUACAGGCAGUCAGUACGGUGCCAUGAUAGCCUGUGAAAACUCCUGCUGUUGUCCUGCUUUUAGCACCGACGGCCAGUACAUAGGAGGUGGCAAACCUCUUAGGGAGUUCGUCCCAAGUCCCACCGGCGCUUCGAUCUAUCUGAAAGAAGCAUGCCUUGAGAAGGUUGGCUACAAUGAAAAAUACAAAGCUGCUACCCUGGCUUCAGUGAAAGGCGUGUACGGCAUAGCCUCCAGCGAAGUUUCAGGCGGCGGAAAAGAGGCAGAGCAAUUUUGCAAUCUGGAUUAUCGAUGCACGGGUUUCAGUUACGACGGCCGUUAUGCGAUUGGCGCGGCGAAAAUCGUCUUUACUGCUUGGCCAGGCAAAUGUGCCUACAUCAAGGACCCUUGUGCCCCCAUGCGUGGUUUUGCCGCCUACAACGACGUGAACAUCAAGCCCAUGUACAGCCCGAGCAGUCGGGCCAAUCAGACAGCCCUCGCGGACGUCUAUCAGACAUGUCUGGCCGACCCAUCUUGCCGGGCCUUCAACAACGCAAGAUACAUGUGGUCCACAGAGUGGCUGGUCCCCGAGCUGGAGGAGAGCUAUGUGGAGGAUGCCCCGGGCAUCUGCCUGUACUACAAGUUGUCGUAG